AUGGGUGAUAGUGUGGGCCAGAGGAACAGUGUGGACUCCAUUCCUCACCCUUUGCCCAGUAAUGCCAGAUGCCAUCGCCUGCAGGAUUCCUUGUUCAGCUCAGAUAGUGGCUUCAGCAACUACCGUGGCAUCCUGAAUUGGUGUGUGGUGAUGCUGAUCCUGAGCAAUGCACGGUUGUUUUUGGAGAACCUUAUCAAGUACGGCAUCCUGGUGGACCCCAUCCAGGUGGUGUCUCUGUUUCUAAAGGACCCCUACAACUGGCCUGCUCCAUGCCUGGUUAUUGUGGCCAACAUCUUUGCUGUGGCUGCAUUCCAGAUUGAGAAGCGCCUGGCAGUGGGUGCCCUGACAGAGCAGGUGGGGCUGCUGCUGCAUGUGGCCAACCUGGCCACCAUCAUCUGCUUCCCAGCAGCGGUGGCUUUGCUGGUGGAGUCCAUCACUCCAGUGGGCUCCGUGUUGGCUCUGGCGUCGUACUCCAUCCUCUUCCUCAAGCUCUUCUCCUACCGGGAUGUCAACCUGUGGUGCCGUCAGCACAGGGCCAAGGCUAAGGCUGCCUCUGCAGCAAAGAAGGCCAAUGGGACUGCCACACAGAGCGCUGUGAGCUACCCAGACAACCUGACCUACCGGGAUCUCUACUACUUCAUUUUUGCCCCAACUCUGUGUUAUGAGCUCAACUUUCCCCGCUCCCCCCGAAUCCGAAAGCGGUUUCUGCUGCGGCGGGUCCUUGAGGUGCUGUUCUUCAUCCAGCUCCAGGUGGGGCUGAUACAGCAGUGGAUGGUACCUACCAUCCAGAACUCCAUGAAGACCUUCAAGGACAUGGAGUACUCACGCAUCAUAGAGCGCCUCCUCAAGCUGGCGGUCCCCAACCACCUCAUCUGGCUCAUCUUCUUCUACUGGCUCUUCCAUUCCUGCCUGAAUGCAGUGGCGGAGCUUAUGCAGUUUGGAGACCGGGAGUUCUACAGGGACUGGUGGAAUUCUGAGUCUGUCACCUACUUCUGGCAGAACUGGAACAUCCCAGUACAUAAGUGGUGCAGCAGACACUUUUACAAGCCUCUGCUCCGACGGGGCAGCAGCAAGUGGCUGGCCAGGGCAGGGGUGUUCAUGGCUUCGGCCUUCUUCCACGAGUACCUGGUCAGCAUCCCCCUGCGCAUGUUCCGCCUCUGGGCAUUCACCGCCAUGAUGGCUCAGGUCCCACUGGCCUGGCUUGUGGGCAACUUCUUUCAGGGCAACUACGGCAACGCGGCUGUGUGGCUGACGCUCAUCAUCGGGCAGCCGGUGGCCGUGCUCAUGUAUGUCCACGACUAUUACGUGCUCCACUGCGAGGCCCCCACGGCAGGAGCCUGAACCUGCGCAGGGCACCUCGGCCCAGAGCGCUGAGGCCUGCUCCUGCCUCAGGAGGCCUUCCGCCCCUAUGGGGCGCCCCGCUGUUCUCCUUAGGGGUGGUGACACCACACCAGCUGGCGGGAGCCAGUGCUAGGUCUGUGCUGCCCAGGGACCAAGGGUGUCAAUAAAGUGCUGUCCAAGGCGACCUCCCUCAGCCUGGUGGGGGUGGGGUGGGGGUAUCAGUGGGUGAGGGCCCAUCCCACCCUGGUGAGUGGCAGUGCUGUGGGUAGCUGUCCCACAGGCUGGAAGCCCGGACAUGCUCAAGAUUCUUGGCCAAGGUUGUGGUGUUGGUGGAUGUGUAAACGUAUGUUCUUCUGGGUUGUGUGAACGACUGCUUAGCUACAGAAGUGGCAAACCAUUGCAGCUAGAGUUCCUGGGCCACCUUGUGGUUUUGGAAAGAUCAGACGAAGUACAACUUGGCCUGCUAAUCCCAAUGGAAGAUGAACCUGCCUGGCUCGUCAGUCUCGUGGGUUCCCCACAGUUGGACUGCUCAGUGCAGGGGGCUGACUAGGCACCCCGCAGAGCAGUAAUUUUUCCUGCUUCCUGGAACCCUCCCCUCCUCCCCUUACUUAUGUGUAGCUUUCCUGGCAAAGGGGGACAGCCCUGUGACAUCAGGGGUGCCUUGUCCCUAGACCCUGCCUAGUCCUACCAAGUCAGGGAGGGAGCAGAGGCCAGAGUAGGAGGUAGCCCAGGGAUCCUAGCCGUUUCCCCUCCCCUCCCACCGGUUUUUUUUUGGUGGUCAUUUAAAAACUUUUGUCUGAGGUCCAGUAACAUGGCUAUCUGCAGGGCGGGGGGCUGCCCUGUCAGCAGCCUGCCUAGCCCCCAUCUAUGGUGCCUUGUCUCCUGUAGCACGGCGGUGUUGGGGAGGAGGGGACUGUCUGAGAGCUCUCUUCUUGGAGUCCUGCAAACAUGUUCGUGUACAGACAGCAUCUCUGACCUCCCCGCCGCCGAUGGCCAUAACUCAGACUUGCUGGGACAGUAGGGGGCCUGCCUCCCCUCCCCGCUCUUAAUCAGGAGAGCUUGAUGCAGGGAUCAGGGAUGUUCAAAUGCCCCCUGGCUGAGGCCACCUCCCCAUCUGGUGUCGAGAACCCAUGCAAAUGUCUGCUAGCAGGAGCAGGGCCAGAGCCAGUCUAACGCUUCCUGGACAUACAUGAGGUGGCUCUGCUGAGAUGACAGCCCAUGUGCCACCUGUGCCCCCUGCCCUGAAUGGAUGCACCUUGGGAAAAUACAUCCUUGGGGG